AACAUAUUUAUACACCUGACAAUGAGAGAAUCUAAAAGUUAAAAAGACCAUACGAAGAUGUGAGCCAACCGUUCUGCAUUUGGAAACAAAAAGUUGAAAAAUUAUCAUCAAAAUGUUUACUCUGUUAUUUGGUUUACUGGGAUUUUCCAUUGGGAUAGUUUCGGCUGCUAUUUAUCCCAGUGGAUGUAAUUAUGACUCGUCCUCUUCUAUGGGACUGUACACGUGCGACUUCGCCUCCAUCACUCUUCCACUUCCGUAUAUUAAUUUCAGCAACCCCGAACCGCAGCGUUUGGUUAUUUAUGACGUCACUGGAGAUCUUUCGGCAACCCAGCUCGUCAGCGGAUUCAGCGCCUUCAACUACUCCGCAGUAAAUGCAGAUUAUACCAACUACUUGGAAAUUGCUUGUAAAACUGGAGGAUCUCUACAAAUAUCCAGCACGAUGUUCACAGACAUGAACUACGUCAACGAGUUCAAGAUGACUGGUUGCAAUUUCACGAGCGGUCUCCCAAGCAGCGCGUUUUCUACGUUCGUGGAACUGGAUUCUUUGACCAUAGAGGGAGGUAUUAUUGCAUCCACACAAUCGGAUACGUUUUCUGGAUUGAACAUCACCAAGAUCUCUGGAUUACCAACUCCACAGGGGAAACUAACAAUCAAAAACGCCAAUGUGGGCUCCAAUUUCUCGGUAGGGUUUUUUGACUCCCUUUCCGAUCUGUCCGCCGUGGAUAUCAGUGGGUGCGGACUUAAUGCAAUCGAUCCCAAUAUGUUCUUGUACAACAAUAAAAUCAGACGACUCAACUUGGCGAACAACAAUUUCACAACGAUUUCAAGUUCAUUUCUGAAGAACAUGACGUCUCUGACGGAAGUCAACGUGGAUGGGAUUUCUUUUGAUUGCUCCACCUGUGACAACCUAUGGUUCCUGGAUCAUUUCUCUGCUUUCUCAAUGCACAUCAAGGGUACAUUUCUCUGCAGUGGUGGGGAGCGGGUGUACCAAUACUUCGGAGAGAAAUGCCGGGGUAAAGAUAACUGCAAUAGCAUACCAGGCAUUGCCAUUGGAAUUGACUGCUUUGAAUGGUACCAGAUUCUGAAUUACUGCUUCACUUCCGCUUCCUUUGCAUUGUCCUGGGUAGCUUUCGUUGUGGUUGUUAUUUAUCGUCGCGACAUGUACAAGAAUGAGAAAGAGAUCGAAAUCAGAAAGAGAGAAAAGGCCAUUCGAGUUCUAGAGGCACUAAAACGAGGCGGAGGAGGAGGGCAGAAGGCGCCACCCAAAGGCAACUUCUCCUGGGCCAUCACGGAAGACGGAGAUGGCACCGAGGUCAAAAAAGCACUUUGAUAGUUGGCUGUUGAUUAUACUCAUCGUUUUUAAUUAUACACUAUCUAAUAAGUCUGUGCAAAUUUUGGUUAAUAAAAAAUUGAAAAAAGA